GUUAGAAAUGUUUCGCGCCUUGGUCUCGAGACCGCAGCCUCUCUUAAAAAAAGACCACGGUAUUUACGCCUAUUUAUUGCGGUGAACAUACAACAUUUACUGUCGAGAACCCCCGUGUGUGAUGAGAUUAUUGAGAUAUCCGAGUGGAACAGAGGGAAAAUCAUCUAGGCACUGCCAUUAUGGAUUUAUAGACGAGGAAAUAUCUUCAGCACGAGAAGAUCGACUAGGGGAUUUUGCACAAGAAAGAAAAAAGUAAAAAUACUUGUUUUGCUUGAAAUAUUCUCGUUUGCACCAUAUUUUCAGCGAGACUUGUUAAGUUUGUUUUUGAGGUAAACUCGCGUAUCCAGCUGUGGACGCGCGCUGGGGUCCAUCAGAGAUGGAGAGGAUGCGCGCGCUUGGAGGGAAGUUUUUCCUCAGAUAUCCAAAUACAAAACCUCUCGUCAACUGGAUUACGAAAUGACAACUCAAAGCAGUGUAUAAUAAAGUAUUUAUGAAAGGAUCCGCAAGAGGAAAACAUAAAUAAGCUAAUAGGAGUGAUCUAACCUGUGCGUAAUGGACACAUAACAUCAGGAUAUCAGCAUACAGGCUUGCACUGCCAUAGCAAUGAUUGCGACCGGAGGAGUGCUCACAGGGCUCGCAGCAUUGAAAAGGCAAGAUUCCUCUCGCUCCCAGUUUCAUCUGUCUGCUCCAAGCCCCGCUCCUGCAGCAAAGAAAGCAUCUAAACGUAAAUCUCGAGCUGAUGUGGUGGUGGUAAGAGGGAAGAUCAGGCUGUAUUCGGCCUCUGGGUUCUUCCUAAUUUUGGGAGUACUGAUUCUCAUGGCAGGUAUUGCCAUGGCUGUUUUAGGAUACUGGCCUCACAGGGACCCCCAAAAGGCACCAGAAAGCAAGAUCUACACAAACGACACGCAAGUCGAGCGUGAACGAGUGAGCUCCGUAGCGCAAUUCCUUGAGCAGCACAUGCAUUCGGAGAAGAUGAAAAUGCUGGGUCCGUUCACCAUGGGAAUUGGGAUUUUUAUCUUCAUUUGCGCUAAUGCCAUCUUACAUGAGAACAGAGAUCGUGAGACAAAGAUUAUCCACAUGAGGGACAUGUACUCAACUGUCAUAGACAUUCACAGUCUCCGGAUCAAGGAGCAGAAGUGUACCAACGGGGCCUACAUGGGUCCCUACGCUGAUGCGGAGAACGUCCGUUCUUUUAGACGGGACAGUCAAUUUGCUUCACGGCUUGCCGCUAACACGCUCAUGUCCUUUUCUGGUGACAUCCGUUUCUCCCACAGGACCAACUCGGCCGAAGAUGAGGAGGGUUUAAUGAGUGAAGCUAAAGGAGGAUUAAGCCUGCUGUCGCCUACCUACAAGAACCGGUCGGAAUCUAUAUUCGGGUUUCAGCCCGAAAUCGGUCGUAAGUGUGGCGGUCUGAAAAAAUGCCAAACGCGCUCCAUCGUCUCGUCCUCCAUCAGCGCCUUCACGUUGCCCGUCAUCAAACUCAACAACUGUGUCAUCGAUGAGCCGGACAUCGACAGCAUCACAGAGGACCUGGAGCUGAACAUGGAGCAGUCCAGACCUCAGUCUAUGGAAUCAUUAACUGUUCCCAUUCCUGAUGUCACCAAAGCAUUUAAGCCUCCCGGUGCCCAGCUGCUUCGGAGCAACUCUGCAACAGAAUCCCCCAGUCCCACGUCCUACCGUUCUUCACUUUCUCCCGGAUCCACCAGCACUAGAUUCCUGUCACCAGGAGCGGCUCGUAAAGACUUUGGUUCCAAUAGCUCCCUGCACAUGUUAUCGGCCCAUUCCAAAUCUCUGGAUUUAGAGAGAGGACCGGCAAUGCUUACUGUCCAGAGCGAACAGAGGAAACAUCCCAGCUGGCCUCGACUGGACCGUAGUAAUAGUAAAGGAUACACGAAACUGGAGAACAGAGAGGACCCUAUGGACAGGCUAAUAGUGCCCCCAGUGGCCGUGAAGAAGGACUACACGAAAAAGGAGAAGCUUCUUAUGAUCUCCAGGUCACACAAUAACUUGCGUUUUGAAAAUGAUGAGUUUAUGAGCAACAGUCUAAAGAGAGGCACAUCAGAGACCAGAUUUUAAAAUCUGAAGGGGCGGUUUCCCGGACAGAGCUUUUCCUAGUCCUAGACUAAAAUGCAUGUUUGAGCUGCCUCAAUUUAAAAACACAAUGUACUGACAUAUCUUAACAUAUAUCAGUGUCAUUGUUUCGUCACAAGAUGCAGACCAGUAUUGGUUUUGUAAGGUUUGUUUGUAAAAACUAACGUUCUAAUAUAACUAAGGCCUAGAUUAAUCUAAACCCUAUCCGGGAAACCACCCCUAAUAUUUUUUAAAGUUUCAAGAGCCACCAAAAGAAACUGUCUGCAAUACAGAAGAUGAAUUUGUGCUGUUUCUAAAAUGAUUUGCAGAAUAAACCUUGCACAGAAAGCUCAGACAUUUGUGACCUUUAUGUGAGAUUUUUUUUUACAAAAUAGUGAAGAGUAAUGAUAAAGGAAAGUAUUGGGACAUAGCAUCAAUUUAAUAACAGAUGGAUGAAACUUGUUAUAAUGUGUUUGUAUUGUAUUUGACAGAACCAGAUGUCUGUUUUGAGUGCACUAUGUGUGAUUUACCAGAUACUUUUACUGUGGGGGCUUUAAAUAAUUUAUUGUUUAAAAGACACGGUGAUAUUUUUGAAGAGAAUCUUUUCAUGUAUAAUUUAUCUGUUUCUCAGAAUAAAGAAAACCUUUGCAAAUACUGUUGUCUUGUUUAUUGAUAUUAAAAUGAUAGUUUACCUGAAAAUAGAGAAAAUUUUGUCAUAAUUUA